GUGAUAACCGAUUCUCUGUGGUCAGCAUUCAAAGUGUACAAUAGCGUGCUCAUUUAUUUCCACGAAACAGGAAAAGAACAUUGCGUUUUAAUCGUCGCUUAUAACCACUGGCCGUGCCGUGCAGAUUUCUGUUUCGGAAAGUUUCUCGUCAUUCGAUCGUUCAUUGUUGCUUUAUUGUCUGUGUUGGUGCUAGGUGCUGCGCGUGUGAUAAGUGAAGUUAUCUGCUGCAACAAGCUCACCUAUACAUAGCUUCUACCCAUCUUCUACCGGCGCCGGAACGCACGCGCAUCAGCUACGAAAAUGGCCGUCUUCCAAAUGGGGUCUCACACGCACGCCAUCCCGAUGACGCUGUACCGCGACAACCGAGCCAGGGUGGUCAAUGAACUGCAGCGGGCCCAUAACUUUGGGGCGGAUUCGAACCCGGUGAUCAUGCUCCAGGGUGGCGAUAACAUUAGUCACUACGACACGGACGUCGACUAUGUUUUCCGGCAGGAAUCGUACUUCACCUACCUGUUCGGUGUGACCGAACCCGGCUGCUACGGUACGGUUGAGAUCAAAACCGGACGUUCGACGCUGUACGUGCCACGUCUGCCGGAAGAGUAUGCCGUUUGGAUGGGACCGCUGCUGGGGUUGGAGGAUUUCAAGCAGAAGUACGAAGUCGACACAGUACAUUACGUCGAUGAGAUUGCAACCCGUCUUGCUAAUGUAUCACCAUCGGUGUUGCUUCUUUUGAGUGGACCGAAUGCUGAUAGUGGAGCUGUAGCAAAACCGGCUUACUUCAAGGGUAUUGAAAGCUUUGUGUCGGACACUGAUAUCUUGUUCCCGGUGAUUGCUGAAUGUCGCGUUACUAAAUCUCCGGCCGAGAUAGAGGUGCUGCGAUAUGUGGCACGUGUUUCAUCGGACGCGCACAAAGCCGUAAUGAAGGUGAUGAAACCGGGCAUGCACGAGUACCAGGCGGAGGCAGAAUUUUUGCGCCACUCGUACGCCGUCGGUGGUUGCCGGCAUAUGUCGUACACGUGCAUCUGUGGUGCUGGUACCAACUCGGCCAUCCUGCACUACGGCCAUGCCGGUUCACCGAACGACUGUGCCGUCAAGGAUGGAGCCAUGUGUCUGUUCGACAUGGGCGCCAACUAUGGUGGUUACGCAGCGGACAUUACGUGCAGCUUUCCCGCCAACGGGAAGUUCACCGAGGACCAGAAGCUCGUGUAUAAUGCCGUGCUGGCUGCCCGGGAUGCCGUCUGUGGCGCAGCACGGGAGGGCGUAUCGUGGAUUGAUAUGCAUCUGCUUGCCAAUCGGGUGAUGCUGGAGGAGUUGCGCAACGGUCAACUGCUGCAAGGUGAUGUGGACGAGAUGAUGGAGGCCGGGUUGAAUGCCAUUUUUCAACCGCAUGGACUGGGGCACUUUUUGGGGCUGGAUGUUCACGAUGUCGGUGGAUAUUUGCCCGGAUGUCCGGAAAGGUCCACCAGGGCCGGAGUUAACCGUCUGCGCACGGCACGUACUCUGAAGGCGGGCAUGUAUUUGACCAUCGAGCCGGGAUGCUACUUUAUCGAGCCGUUGUUGAACAAGGCCUACUCGGAUCCGACUCUCAGCAAGUUUCUGGUGAAGGAAAAUUUGGAACGCUUCCGUAACUUUGGUGGCGUCCGUAUUGAGGAUGAUGUGCUGAUCACCAAGACCGGCAUUGAAAAUUUCACUUUCGUGCCAAGAACUGUCCAAGAAAUUGAAGCCUGGAUGGCCAAGUAAAACCAGAAUCACGAAGAUUCGAUGGAUACACACCGAGGUGCCUUUCCAUAGGCAGAAAUUCGUUCAGGAGUCGUUCCUACAAAGCCUCGGAGAUCCCCUUCCUGGAGAAAUAUUUACUACAUUUAUAUACAGGUCACAAUGCUCUCCAACAAUGCUUGAGUAAAUCAACGUUGAGCAAGCUGUGCCAUUAUACAUGUUUUCCGUUCCUAAUUUCUUUUCACAAUUAAAUAAAGUUUCGC